AUGAACUGUGAGCUACUCGGCUAUGACGCAAAGAAUGUCUCUUCGUACGUGCUGGGUGUGAUGGGAAAUCCCUGCCAAACAAAGAUGAUCGUGGUUCCGACGGUGAUCAGCUACUCGAUAAUCUUCAUCGUCGGCACUAUCGGCAACAUCUGUACAUGUGUGGUGAUCAUUCGCACUAAAUCCAUGCACACUCACACUAACUUCUAUCUCUUCAGCUUAGCACUUUCCGACCUCGUCGUAUUAAUCUUCGGUCUUCCGAUGGAGUUAUACGGUGCAUUAGAUUUCGCGUAUCCGUACCAAUUCCCCGAAUGGAUUUGCAAAGUCCGCGCCUAUCUCAUCGAAUUCACCAGCUACGCGUCAAUUCUCGUCAUCUGUUCGUUCACUGUUGAACGAUGGUUUGCUAUCUGCUAUCCGAUUCGCUCCAAAUCUUCGCCGAAAAUGUCACGAGCCUAUCUGACAAUAAUUGUGAUGUGGAUAAUCUCGUCGAUAGCAGCUGUACCGAUUGGAUAUGUCGUGAAAAUCAAUCGUUUACCUUUACCCGAAUGGGCCAUGGGCCAGAACUGGACUUACAAGGUCUCUGAUGAUGACGAGACAACGAAAAACACUGAAUUUUGCGCAAUGGACUUCGAAAAACCGGAACUACAAAAUAGGAUCAUCAUUUUUGCGUUCGUCGCAUUUUUCAUGGUACCCGCUAUCCUGAUGACGAUGAUGUACACACAUAUCGCGAUUCGAAUCGGUGUCACCGAUUUGCUACUGGUGGAGAAUAACAAGGCACGAACGAAAAGCACACAUACCGUCAUUAAGAUGUUAGGUGAGCUAUCGGUCGUGAUAUCGUUCUUCUUGUGCUGGUUGCCUUUUCACAUUCAGCGUCUUCUUUCACUUUUCAUCAACUAUCACGAAGGAAAAGUCCCACCAGCAGUGGAGGCAUCUUUUUUGCUCGUCUACUACAUAUCAGGUUGUUGCUACUAUACUAAUUCAGCUAUCAAUCCAAUACUGUACAAUGUUUUUUCCGAAAAUUAUCGGAAAGCCUUCUGCUCAACUAUUCUUAGAAAAGAUGUCGUAUGUCAUUGUUCUCUGUACACUGCACGUCUGCAAAAUAAGUGCACCACUAAAACGUCGCCGGCGAUCAAUAAGUAUCCUUUUCACUGUGUGGAAGCGCCUCGAUAG